GCGACUAGCGACACCGACUUAGCGAUACCAACUAGCAUGGCUCUGGAGCUGGAAGAGAACUUGCAUAGCGAGGAGGAGGAGGAGGAAGACGAAGAAGAAGAAGAAGAAGAAGAGGAGGAGGAGGAGGAAGAAGAAGAAGAAGAAGAAGAAGGAGGAAUGCAGACGAGAAGCCCCAGCAAAAGAAAUAAGGGGGGCGCCUCCUCCUCCUCCUCCUCCUCAGGCUCCGCUAAGAAAAAGAAGAAGAAGAAGAACCAGCCGGGCAGGUACAGCCAACUGGUCGUGGAUACGAUCCGCAAACUGGGGGAGAGGAACGGCUCGUCCCUGGCCAAGAUCUACAGCGAAGCCAAGAAAGUCGCCUGGUUCGACCAGCAGAACGGCCGCACCUACCUCAAGUACUCCAUCAAGGCGCUGGUGCAGAACGACACCCUCCUGCAGGUCAAAGGAGUCGGGGCCAACGGCUCCUUCCGACUCAACAAGAAGAAGCUUGAGGGGUUGCCCUUUGAGAAGAAGGCCGCACCGCCGGCCAAGCCGCCCAGCAAGAGGAGGGCCCCCGCCGCCAGCAGCAGCCCGGCCAAAAGCCACAAGAAGGCCAAGCCCAAGCCCACGGCUGAGAAGGAGAAGCCCCAAAAGAGCAGCGUCAAAGCCCCCAGCAAGAGCCACAAGAAAGGGGCCAAAGGCAAGAAAGUGAAGAAGGGGGCCAAGCCCAGCGUGCCCAAGGUGCCCAAGUCCAAGAAGGCGUGAGAAUGAGAACUGUGACUGAAUCCAGGCUGGGGGGUCUCCUUUCCAUCGGUUCUGCUGACCUGUCGGGUAUAAGUUCCAGCAUUCCCUUGUGACUGUGUUAUGGUACAUUCUGGGCAAGGGACCUGUGAGCUAGGGAUGUCCUACCUGCUGCCCUCUGGCUCUUGCUGAACUACAACUCUCAACUCCCGGCGUGCUGAGACUUUUGGUUCAAAACAGCUGGAUGUGCCUCAGGUCGGACAUCCCCGGUGUGCAGUCUGUCUCUUCCCCAGCUUUGGCUGAAAGCGAAUUCCCAGCACACCCUGACUGUUCUGUGUGACUUUAAAUGGUUAUUAAGGGUAAAGGGGGGGACUCUGGGCUCUUGCUGAACUACAAUUCCCAGUAUGUCCAGGUUAACAGAUGCAGAGAGUUCAACAAUAGCUGGUUGUGUGCCGGUUGGCCCUCCUGCCAGUGCUUCUCUACAUAUAAAGGAACAUGUAUGUAUGUAUACUGAUAUCUCUAGAUAUAAAGGAACAUGUAUGUAUGUAUGUAUACUGAUAUCUCUAGAUAUAAAGGAACAUGUAUGUAUGUAUACUGAUAUCUCUAGAUAUAAAGGAACAUGUAUGUAUGUAUACUGGUAGAACUGUAACUGCUGUUUGUAACCACAGCAUAGUGCAGGGAGCUGGGAGUUACAGCACACAAUGAUCCCGAGAAGCACUGACCAACAAUUCCUGCUUUAGAUUUUGCUUUAGGGACGGGGGCAACUGUUCUCUAGUUAAUGGCCUUUAGUAGGUGGGGCAGGAAGCAGACAUCCUCUGAUCAGCAGUUUUACUUGGUGCAACUGGGCAUCUGCCCCCCAACCCCCCCCCCCCCAAGCCUAGAGUGUAAAGUUGCACUUUUUGCAUCAUUUAACCCUUUUUGUUAAUUUCUCAACUGAAGUUGAUUGCUUUUAGCCAUUCAUUAUCAUUGGAGUUUUUCUAUCCCGCCCGCCCCUCCAAUCACAUUUGGGAAGUCACGUUGCCGGGGCAGCCUGCACAGAUCUGUGGUAGUUAGGAAUCCGUUGUACAGCACUGAUAACAAUGUUACAAUGCAAUACUAUUCUGCCACUUCCUUGUGCGAUUUAAAAUGUCCAGCAGCCUCUCAUUGGUUGAAUAGCAGCUGUCACCGUGGCAACUUGUAGUGUGGGUGUGUACUGAAGGCUUCACCGAAGGGCUGUGGGAGGGGCCUGCCUAGACUUGUUAUGUUCAGGUUAUUCGCUUGCUGGGAGCCAUAUUUCCUUUUGUAUAUUUUGUGUUGAUUACAGUUACUGCAUAGCGGUUACAUUGCACAGUGAUGUCUGUAAUGGUUCUGUGUAUGGAACAAGUCUGUUUCAUUUUCUAAUGCUUAGUAAACAACUCUUGCCUA